UAAAAGACUGUUAACAAAAGCUCAUCAAAAGCUUAAUCCCUUUAGUCACAUGUCAAAACCAAGUAAUCAAAUAAAUUUUAAUAAAGAAUAUGAUCACUAUCCAAAUAUGGAAGAGAUGUUGCACGUUUCCAUGGUGGAACAUGAAGAUUUAGAAAAAAAUGAGAUUGUUGAUAUUGACGAGUUGGAGAAGUAUCAAGAAGAGAUGUAUACUAGUGAUGAUUCUUAUACAGUAUUUUGUCAACUUUGUAAUACUGGAUUUAAACAUAUUUCCUCUCUGAGGUAUCAUCAGAAGCAUAGGGUGUGUCUAAAGCCGAAGAAAGAACCUACUGAUCCAAAAUGUCCAAAGUGUGAAAAGGUAUUUGCUACCUUAACAGGAUACCAUUACCAUGUAAGAAGAAACGUCUGUGAAAAUGUCAAAGAGCAAGCUAAGGAUCCACAGUGUCCAAAAUGUAAUAAAAAUUUUGCGACAACUCAUGGUCUUAUGUACCAUUUAAAAAGAAAUGUGUGUGAGCAAAUUGAAAAACCUAAAAAAGAGGAAGAUUCAUUUAAUUGUGAAAAGUGUCAGGCUUCAUUUAAGCAUAGAGCUUCCUUGGCUUAUCAUGUUGACCAUAGUGUUUGCUCUAAACCUAAAAAAGAAAAAGUAGAACCAGAGGUGUUUCAGUGUUUAACUUGUGAAAAAGUAUUUGCUUCCAAUUUAUCUUUGGCCUAUCAUCAAUCUCAUAAUGUGUGUACCAAGGAACCCAAACCUCCAAAAGAGGAAAUCGAUCCAAAAUCCCUACAGUGCGACAAAUGCGAAAAAACAUUUAGUUCUCUGACAUCAUUGGGAUAUCAUCAGACUCACAAUGUUUGCUUAAAAGCACCGAAGCCUCCAAAAGAUCCUCAAGAAGAAGAAAAGGAAUGUCACUUGUGCAAUACUAUAUUUAAGCAUCCCAACUCUUUGCGGUAUCACUUGGAGCAUAACGUUUGCACCAAGGCGAAAAUAGAAAAAAUCGAACCGAAGGUUCUACAAUGUGAAAAAUGCGAGAAAAUAUUUAGCGGAGUGCCCGCCUUGGACUAUCACCGCAAGAGAAAAGUUUGUGAGCAAGUUAAAACUAGUGUUACUGGUCCACCAUUUAUAUGUGACUUGUGCAAUACAUCAUUUGAAAUCAAGCAGAGCUGGUACGCCCACGUGAAGAAGCAAUCAUGCAGAAGAUUUCCGGAAAGAUAUAUGAAUGAAAAUGUCGAACUGUUACAAUCGAUCAUUAAAGUCGAAGUAUUAGAUAAUGAAGAGGAAAACGACGGUUGCUAACUCUAAAUUGAGACUCGAAUAACUUUCUAGACUUAUUUUAGGUCACUAUUAUUAUAUGACUGUAGAUCUAAAAAAAAAUUUUGGUGAACUUUGGAUCAAAUUUUAAAUUAUUGGACUUGAAGUUCUUGUUAUGCUAGACAUAUAUAACUUAGGUUAGACCACUUGCCUUACCUAAUGCUAUGCUUGUGUUUAUGUUAUUACGCCUUUUAUAUGUUAUUUUUAGUUACAAAACGUAUUUGUUGUUGGAUAUAUUUCAGCGUAUAUUCAAAAUAUAUGUUCUUUCAUAUUAGAUUUAUAUUUUUAUUAAAUAAUAUAAAAUAAGGCAACACUGUUGUUAAAACCAACUUACGCAAUCAUAAGCGUACUGUAGAUUUUAGGAAACCCUCAGUUGGAAUUUGCCACUGCUAACCCUAGUUUUAAGCAGCACUAACUAACCUUAUCACCUAAGCCUUUAAUUAUAACUACUACUAUUAUUACAUUAA